CGUCAAGGUCAUGAGGUCACUCAAUGGAAUUCAUACUUCGUCCCAGCCAGGACCCCGUGGGUGAUCGAGAACCCUUCAUUUGCCGUGCCCGCCAACUGCUUCGGGAAAGUCCUCUCAUUGACGGGCACAAUGACUUUCCCUACAUGAUUCGAGGGUUUUCUGGGAAUAAUUUGGACCAUGGAGCUUUGCAGGAUACUCCCUUCGGCCAGACUGACUUGACGAGGCUGCGUCAAGGACAGCUGGGAGGCCAAUUUUGGAGUGCUUAUGUACCGUGGUAUGGCAACAUGUCAGAUCCAUCACGUCAGCUCAAAAGAACUCCUGGAACUGAUAUGUAGCUUGUCAAUAGCUUCGCCGUUCCUAACGGUGAAAAGGAUAGCCCUCAGCCGAAUGAAGCGGAUUUACGGGCAGUCUAUGACACGUUGCAACAGAUAGACCUUAUUCACAACUUGAUGCGCAAGUACGAGGACAGGUUCGCUCUCGCAAGGAGUUCCACAGAUAUUCUUCCCAUCUUUCAGUCUGGGCGACUUGCAAGCUUCAUCGGUGUCGAAGGCUUGCAUCAGAUCGGGAACAGUGCCAGCGUUUUGAGAAAUUUCCAUCGCCUGGGCGUACGAUACAUAACACUCGUGCACAACAAAAACAACAGGUUUGCAGACUCGGCGAACGAUACGGAUCAGCUCCAUGGCGGACUCAGCACCUGCGGCCGCAGCUUCGUUGGAGAAAUGAAUCGAGUCGGCAUGAUCAUAGAUCUGUCACAUACGACCGAGGCUGUACAACUUCAGGUGUUGGAAGUUUCGACUGCUCCAGUGGUAUUCUCCCACUCUUCAUGUUAUACGCUCUGCCCACAUCCAAGGAAUGUCACCGAUCAGGUUUUUGCAAAGUUGAAAGCCAACCGCGGGUUGAUCAUGAUUUGUUUUCUCCCCGAGCUAUCUAAAUCGACGACAGGUGCAGGCAGCUCUUUGCACACCGUGGUUGAUCACAUCAUGUACGCCGUCUCAGAGGUCGGAUGUGAUCAUGUAGGCAUUGGAUCCGACUUUGACGGUAUGCUUGAGGGUCCUGACGGUGCAGGUGAUGUUAGCUGCUACCCUGCUUUGAUUGCUGAGCUUCUGGCGCGUAAAAUGAGUGAGAACAAUGUCAAAAAGAUUAUGGGGUUGAACGUGAUUCGAGUUAUGGCGGGUGUUGAAGGUGUUGCUCGUCAAGAAGGUUUACAAGGCAGGCCUGCCUUGUAUGAUCAGAUACCUAGAAUCUGGACCCCUGAACAGAAGCGGAUGCUUCUGGAUCAAGGACAAAAGCGAGGAUUGUCAGCCAAGACUGACCUUUAGGCCUUUGCAUCAGAUAUUGCUUCCAGGGAAAAUUGAGUUGGAUGAAAAUUGGUGAUAUACAGCGAUAUGGACCUAGUCAUUGAUUUUCCUUACCCAGGUGGAGAGAGCUCUUCAGUAGCGACAGAGAGACAACUAUUCUUGGCAACAUAGGUAGUUUGUUAGUAGCCCAUAGCCUUGGGGGUAAGUGCCUACAAGGAUCCCUAAGUGAUAAGACUCUCUAGGGGUUUGUAGUGGUGCUUAUAUGCUUUGGCUCCCAAUAUAUCGAGGCCGAUACCUGAAAAU